CGUUCCCGAAAUUGUCAAGUAUAGGGUAUAUAGCAAGCCUCUUCCUUUUCCACUUCCGAGACUUACCUCUACUCCACCAAAACCCAGAGAAGUACCUCUUAUCACCCCAGUUGCAGGUCAGCAUCUCACACACUCAUAAUCGACCACCACUGCAUCUUCUUGCACAACAACGACCCAAAACGAUGAAGUCCAACGACUUUCAAAACGCCAAACAACCCAAGAUUGGCUGUAAUUCCAACACGGAAAGCGAUAAUGGCCCAACCAACCCACAAACAAUCUCGCAGUCCAGAUCGCUGAUCGACGAGUUGCGCCACAAAACGCUGGAGAACCAAUCGCACCUGAAUCGGAUUCAAGUACUGAUCGCCGAGAACCAAGAGCUCAGACAGAAAAUGAGGGCUCAAUCGGAAGACAGGCGAUCAGCGAAUGAGGAGGGUAAAGCAACCCAAGCCGCCGUCGAAGCCUUGGCCGAAAAAACCGAUGCGCUCGCUGAAACAAUAUAUCGCAUGGAGGAGAAAGUAGACGGACUCAACAACGCUUCUGGCAUCCACCGUCUGGAGGACAGACUCAUCGACAUCGAAGCACGUUUGCCAACGACGCCGCAUCAAGGAGAGCUGAUCGAUGACAGCGAUACUUGUUCUGAAAAUUCGGACUCCACAGCUACGGAUAUAGAUACAGAUGAUGAGAUGGGGGCACUCUUGGGGCUGUCGGAACACGUGAAGAUGGCUAUAUUUCUGUGUUCUUGGGGGCUAUGGGUGUGGCUGCAUCCACGAGAUCGGUGA